AUUGCCUAUAGUAUAUCCAAUCUGUUCGAAGAAAAUAACAGUAAUUGCGUUAACAUAAAAGAAUGGACUUGGUAUAUGUGAAUAUACUAAUUGAUCUUGUUUUCAUACAAUAUAUGGACUGCUUUCUAGCCGAUAGCAAGGCUUGCAAGUUAGAUAUUUCAUGGACAGCGCGUUUAGUGAGCUUAACUUAAUACUGUUCAGAAUUUCUAUUUAAAAACUCACGGUUGGAUUUAGUUGGCAACAAUAAUUUUGCAAAGUUUUUCAAUCAUUGCAGUUGGGAUUUCACCGAAGAACUUGCAGGUGCUUGACUAAGCCGGUUUGAUCAAAAUGUCCUGUCCUAUUCCCAAUAAGAAGAUCGGAAUUGUCGGCAGCGGCCUGAUUGGAAGAUCAUGGGCAAUGCUAUUUGCCGCCCAAGGGUAUAAAGUUCAUAUUUUCGAUAUUUUGCCACAGCAAAUCGAAGUUGCCCUUGCUGAUAUUGAGGGACAACUGCAGAACUUGGAAAAAUCUGGGCAACUUAGGGGCAAGCUAAAUGCCGCUCAGCAGUUUGCGUGCAUUAAAGGUACUGUGCGUCUGGAAGAUGCAGUAAAAGAUGCUCUGCUUGUACAAGAAUGCGUGCCGGAGAAUUUGGCUCUGAAGCGCAAAGUGUGGAAAGGUGUGGAUGAAGUAGCAGGAAACAACACCAUAUUUUCGAGCUCUACUUCCACAUUUUUGCCGUCGACUUUUAGUGAUCAUUUGAAAAACAAACAAAACUUCAUCGUUUCCCACCCUGUUAACCCGCCUUACUACGUACCGUUGGUCGAGAUCGUGCCCGCACCAUGGACUUUGCCAGCCGUGGCGAAGAAAACCAGAGAAAUUAUGGAAGAAAUCGGCCAAACGGCCGUCUCCUUCUCAAAAGAAAUUCCCGGUUUCGCUGUUAACCGAAUUCAAUAUGCAAUCUUGAACGAAACGUGGCAUUUGGUGAAUGAUGGAGUGCUUAAUGUGGCAGACAUCGAUAAAGUAAUGUCGGAUGGUCUAGGCAUGCGAUACGCUUUCUUGGGCAUCCUGGAAACGACUCAUCUUAACGCGGAAGGAUUUACUAAAUAUUGUGAUUCUUACGCAAAUACCAUGUACUCAGUCAGCAAGGAAUUUAAACCCACUCCCAAGUACGAAGGACCAACAGUUUCUGCUAUUGCCAAACAACUAGAGGCAAAUGUCCCAUUGGACAAGCUCAAAGCAAAGAGAGAUUGGCGUGAUAAAUGCCUGGUUAAGUUAAGUCAGUUGAAGAAGGAAAUGGAAGCAGAAUGGAGACAAACCUGCCAGUAAAGCUUCCACCAAAGGCAUGUUUGAUCCAGUUUAUUUCUUCCGAAUGCGUAUGAAAUGUGAUUUUAUUAAAGAUAUUUUUGAGCUUA